AAAAAAGAAGAAGACCGUUUAACUACUCAAAGAGCAGAACAAGAGAAGAAAGAGAAAGAAGAGUUAGAAUUGAGACUGAAAAAGCAACAAGAAGAGAAAGAAGCUCAACUAAAAAUAGAGCAAGAACGAUUAGAAAAGGAAGCUGAAGAUGCAAGAAAAGCAACACUUCAAGCGGAACAAGAGAAGAAAGAGAAAGAAGAGUUAGAAUUGAGACUGAAAAAGCAACAAGAAGAGAAAGAAGCUCAACUAAAAAUAGAGCAAGAACGAUUAGAAAAGGAAGCUGAAGAUGCAAGAAAAGCAACACUUCAAGCGGAACAAGAGAAAGAAGCUGCUUUUGCUGCUGCUCAAGAAGCUCAACGAAAAUCUCAGUUGUUAGAAGAUGAGAAACUUCAAUUAGAAAGAUCUUUACUACUUUUAUCUCAAGAAAAAGAAAGAAUAGCACAAGAAGCUAAAGAAAGAGAAGAAGCUCGCGCGGAGACUGAAAAGAUGAGAGAACAGGCAAAUGCGGCUAAAAUGCAAGAAGAAGUUGAACGACUUGCAAGAGAAAAGGUACAGAAAGAGAUCGAACUGAUGAGAGCGAAAGAAGAACGUGAAAAGGCAGAGAGAGCAGAAGCCGAUAAACACAAACGAGAAGAAGAAGAAAAAGCCGAACAAGACGCAAAAGAAGCUGAAAAGAAAAAAAUUCAAGAGGAGGCGAAUAGAUUAGCCGCCGAGAAAAUGGCACAAGAGCUUCAACGGAUAAAAGAAGAGGAAGCCAAAGAGAGAUUAAUAGCACAAGCUGAGUUAGAAAAGGUCAGAUUGGAGAAAGAAAAAUUGUUACAAGAGAUGGCAGAAAAAGCCGCUCAAGACGCUCAAAGAGAAAAGGAACAAGCCGAGUUAGAAAAAGCAAAAGCGGGGAAUAAUAAGCACGAAGAAAAAAAAGAAAAGGAAAAAGAAAAAAAUGGCACAGUCGAUAACACAGGCACAGAAGAUCAAUCAGAACCAAAUGGUGUUAAGCCACAAACAAGUCAGCAAAAUGGACCAACAACCCUUGAGAAGCCAGAAGACCAAAGAGUUAAGAAUGAGAAGAUCAGAUACAAAACACUUAUCAUCGCAUCUGUGGUGACAUUCUUUGUUUCUUACAACGUUAUGAGAAUCAUCUUCGGAAUCAGCUCAUUGGGGAAUAAAAAUUGA